UAGCUGUAUGCCUGUGUUGUAGUUCUCUCUCUCUCUCAUUUCUCUUUCUCUCAUUCCACCGCUGUCGACAGUAUUUCUCUGAGAUGUCUUUUGAUCUGAAAAUCUGUUGGAUAAAACUGUUAAAGAUCUGAUCAUAUCUGCUUCUUCUCAACGUGGUUCCAUUAGUAUCUGAAAGAAAUAACACUUCGUUGUAUUUGAUCGGUUGAAAAGUUCAAACAGUGUUGAAUUUGGUCAAUUUUGUGAAAUCCCAUCUUUGUUUUAGCUAAAUGCAGUAUACAUAGUUUGGAUAAAUUGUAAAAUUUUCGGCGAGAUUCAGUGUUUGGGGAGAUUUUCAGAGGUAAUUCUUAAGUUUUAUUCAUCUGGAUGAAUGAUCAAGUGUUUGUUUAGGGUUUGGUAAAUUGGGUGGUGGGGAAGUCGAAAGAAUUUGAUCAAUUUUUAGAAGCGCUGGGGGGGAAUCAGUCCCGUCAGAGUCCUGUAGAGGGCUUGGGAUUCUGGUUCUUUUCUCGCCCUAAUGCGCGAAAUUAUCAUAAACUUGAAUAUUUACCACAAAUGGAUUUCGUAAGUCGGCAUACAACAACUUCAUCGGAUCAAUCAUCUUCUAAUGAAUCUUCUUCAGCUCCAACAACACAUCCUACAGAGGAACUGGAGUACUUGGCUAGGUAUUUAAUUGUUAAACAUUCUUGGCGUGGACGAUACAAGAGAAUUCUUUGCAUAUCCAAUGUUUCGAUUGUAACUUUGGAUCCAGGUACACUAAAUGUUACUAAUUCGUAUGAUGUUGAAAAUGAUUUUGAGGGGGCACUUCCAAUAUUAGGAAGGGAUGACAAUUCUCAAGAGUUUACCAUUAACGUUAGAACUGAUGGGCGUGGGAAAUUUAAAGGGAUGAAGUUUUCGUCCAGGUUUAGAGCAAGUAUAUUGACUGAAUUGUACAGAAUUAGGUUGAACAGAGUUAAUGCUGCUGUUGAAUUUCCUGUACUUCACCUUCGGAGGAGAAACACACAGUGGGCACCAUUUAAACUGAAAAUUACCGCUGUUGGAGUUGAACUCAUCGAAACACAGUCUGGAGAUCUUCGCUGGUGCUUAGAUUUUAGAGACAUGAAGUCACCUGCCAUUAUUCUUCUAAGUGAUGGUUAUGGGAAGAAAAGCAUUGAUCACGGAGGCUUUGUUCUUUGUCCUUUAUAUGGAAGAAAGUCUAAAGCAUUUCAAGCUGCACCAGGAACCACAAACACAGCUAUAAUAUCAGCCUUGACUAAAACUGCAAAGUCUUCUGUUGGGGUGUCAUUAUCCGUGGAAAAUUCUCAAUCCCUUACGGCUGCAGAGUAUGUUAAGCAAAGAGCCAAGGAGGCUGUUGGAGCGGAAGAAACUCCAUGUGGGGGAUGGUCUGUUACAAGGUUGCGAUCUGCUGCUCAUGGGACAGCUAAUAUAAUUGGAUUAAGUUUGGGAAUUGGGCCUAAAGGAGGACUUGGUGAGCAAGGUGAUUUUGUAUAUCGUCAACUCAUUCUUACAAAGGCAUCACUUGUUGAAAGACGCCCUGAGAAUUAUGAGUCUGUUAUUGUUCGACCUUUAUCUGCAGUAAGCGCUCUUGUUCGUUUUGCCGAGGAGCCGCAAAUGUUUGCCAUUGAAUUCAAUGAUGGCUGCCCCGUUCAUGUUUAUACGUGCACAUCUCGUGAUAGCUUGCUCGCAGCAGUUCGGGAUGUUUUACAAACGGAAGGUCAGUGCGCUGUUCCUGUACUGCCGAGGUUGACUAUGCCCGGUCAUCAUAUUGAUCCACCAUGUGGUAGAGUCUAUCUGCAACUUCAACAUCUUCCUGGUGAACCACAACGUGCUGUAGCUGAUAUGGAGAGUGCAUCCAUGCAUCUGAAACAUCUAGCUGCAGCUGCCAAAGAUGCUGUUGCUGAGGGGGGGUCUAUUCCCGGUUCAAGAGCUAAAUUAUGGCGUAGAAUAAGGGAAUUCAAUGCAUGCAUACCUUAUAGUGGAGUGCCUCCGACUAUUGAAGUAGUCGAAGUGACUUUGAUGGCCUUAAUUACGAUGCUUCCAGCAACCCCAAAUCUUCCUCCCGAAUCACCUCCCCCGCCAUCACCAUCACCUAAAGCGGCUGCAACAAUUAUGGGCUUCAUUGCAUGCUUACGUAGGUUGCUCGCAUCAAGAAGUGCAGCUUCACAUGUGAUGUCGUUUCCUGCUGCUGUUGGAAGAAUAAUGGGUUUACUAAGGAACGGUUCAGAAGGUGUAGCAGCUGAAAUAGCAGGACUGAUAGCUGUGCUUAUUGGUGGGGGUCCUGGUGAUAGCAAUAUACUGACGGACUCAAAAGGGGAGCAACAUGCUACAAUUAUGCAUACCAAGUCUGUAUUGUUUGCACAUAACAACUAUGUGACAAUCCUUGUCAAUAGAUUGAGACCUAUGUCAGUAUCACCUUUAUUGUCAAUGUCUGUUGUGGAAGUUCUCGAGGCUAUGCUAUGUGAACCCCACGGGGAAACUACACAAUAUACUACCUUUGUUGAACUACUACGUCAAGUGGCUGGUUUGCGGCGUCGCUUGUUCUCAUUGUUUGGACACCCUGCUGAAAGUGUAAGAGAAACAGUGGCUGUGAUCAUGCGUACGAUUGCUGAAGAAGAUGCGAUUGCAGCUGAAUCUAUGCGGGAUGCUGCUUUACGUGAUGGUGCUCUCUUAAGACACUUACUGCACGCCUUUUUCCUUCCUGCUGGCGAACGUCGUGAAGUUAGCCGUCAGCUUGUUGCUCUUUGGGCGGAUUCUUAUCAGCCAGCUCUUGAUUUGUUAUCCAGAGUUCUUCCUCCUGGGCUUGUUGCGUAUUUACACACAAAAUUCGAUGGAAAUUUGCCUGAAGAUGACCAAAGUCCACCUAACCAAGAAGCUACUUCGAUGAGGAGAAGACAAAGACGUAUACUUCAGCAGAGGAGAGGUCGGCCUAUGAGACCUAUAGCAUUUCAAGAACAACUUUCACCUGUUAGUAAUGCUGAAGACAGGGAAUUCGGAACUGAUGCUCUUAGAGGACCAGACAACUAUCAGAGAUCUGCUGUAGAUUCUAGUUCUGGACCGGUUUCCGAUCAAUUUGUGGUUACCACGACACCUGUUAACUUGGCAGAUGAAACUUCUUCAGCAGCUGUUUCUCAAACUGACCAUUCGUUCGUUGCGGUUUCUGGGGAUGCUCCCUAUGUGUCUGUAUCUGAAGCACAUGAAAUAAAUGCAUAUGGUCCCGUUGAAUCUGAUGUCAACAUGGUUGGAUCUCCAGGUCUCCCUGCCCCUGCUCAGGUUGUUGUGGAGAACACACCUGUGGGAUCUGGCAGGUUACUUUGCAACUGGCCUGAAUUUUGGCGAGCUUUUAGUCUUGAUCAUAACCGUGCAGACUUAAUUUGGAAUGAGCGUACCAGGCAAGAAUUAAGAGAGGCUUUGCAAGCCGAGGUUCAUAAGCUAGAUAUAGAGAAGGAACGUACUGAAGACAUUGGUUCUGGCGGCGCAACAGCUGAUGUGACUGGGCAAGAAAGUGUACCUCAGAUUUCGUGGAACUACACUGAAUUCUCAGCUGGUUACUCCAGCUUAUCUAAAGAAGUCUGUGUUGGUCAAUAUUAUCUGCGGUUGCUGCUUGAGAGUGGUAGCAGUGGCCGUGCACAAGAUUUUCCAUUACGUGAUCCAGUUGCAUUCUUUAGAGCACUGUAUCAUCGCUUCUUAUGUGAUGCAGACAUUGGUCUGACUGUAGAUGGUGCUGUUCCUGAUGAAUUAGGCUCAUCUGAUGAUUGGUGUGAUAUGGGAAGAUUAGAUGGAUUUGGAGGAGGUGGAGGUUCUUCAGUUAGAGAGCUUUGUGCGAGAGCAAUGGCGAUCGUAUAUGAGCAGCAUUAUAAAACUAUUGGCCCAUUUGAUGGUACUGCUCACAUUACAGUUCUGUUAGAUAGGAGCGAUGACCGGGCUUUGAGGCAUCGCCUACUUCUUCUUCUGAAGGUGUUAAUGAAGGUUUUGUCAAAUGUCGAGGCUUGUGUUCUGGUUGGAGGUUGUGUGUUAGCUGUAGAUCUUCUGACGGUGGCUCAUGAAGCUUCUGAAAGGACAGCUAUUCCUUUGCAGUCUAAUCUCAUAGCAGCAACUGCUUUCAUGGAGCCUCUUAAGGAGUGGACGUUUAUAGAUAAAGACGGAGCACAAGUUGGCCCCAUGGAGAAGGAUGCCAUUAGAAGGUUCUGGUCAAAAAAAGCCAUUGAUUGGACAACCAGGUGUCGGGCAUCAGGAAUGCCUGACUGGAAGAAAUUACGUGAUAUUCGUGAAUUGCGCUGGGCCUUGGCCAUUCGUGUUCCUGUUCUCACUUCGACUCAGGUGGGGGAGGCUGCUUUAUCCAUAUUACACAGCAUGGUUUCUGCACAUUCUGAUCUUGAUGAUGCCGGUGAGAUCGUAACUCCAACACCAAGAGUGAAACGUAUACUGUCAAGUCCACGGUGCAUUCCUCAUGUUGCACAGGCUCUGCUUACUGGAGAACCAAGUGUUGUUGAGGUUGCUGCUGCUUUGCUAAGGGCUGUUGUCACAAGAAAUCCGAAGGCAAUGGUACGACUUUAUAGCACAGGUGCAUUUUACUUUGCGUUGGCGUAUCCUGGAUCCAAUCUUCUCUCAAUUGCUCAACUUUUUUCCGCAACGCAUGUCCAUCAAGCAUUCCAUGGUGGUGAAGAGGCGGCAGUUUCCUCUUCCCUGCCUUUGGCAAAGCGUAGUGUACUGGGAGGGCAUCUUCCAGAAUCCCUGUUGUAUGUAUUGGAGCGUAGUGGUCCGGCGGCUUUUGCCGCAGCAAUGGUUUCCGACUCUGAUACCCCAGAGAUCAUCUGGACACACAAAAUGCGAGCUGAACAUUUGAUUUGCCAGGUUCUGCAGCAUCUUGGAGAUUUUCCUCAGAAAUUGUCGCAGCAUUGCCAUUCAUUGUACGAUUAUGCUCCUAUGCCACCGGUGACUUAUCCUGAGUUGAGGGAUGAAAUGUGGUGCCACCGCUACUACCUCCGCAACUUAUGCGAUGAGAUUCGUUUCCCUAAUUGGCCGAUUGUUGAACAUGUUGAGUUCUUACAGUCAUUGUUAGCAAUGUGGCGAGAAGAAUUAACCAGAAGGCCCAUGGAUCUUUCUGAGGAAGAAGCUUGCAAAAUACUGGAGAUAUCCUUGGAAGAUGUGUCUGGUGAGACUGCUGACAAAAGGCAGCCCGCUGAAGUUAAUGGGGAUAUAAGUAACGCAUCCAAGCAGUUUGAGAAUAUUGACGAGGAAAAGCUGAAGCGCCAAUACCGGAAACUUGCCAUGAGAUACCAUCCUGAUAAAAAUCCUGAAGGGAGGGAGAAAUUUCUUGCUGUACAGAAAGCAUAUGAGCGACUACAGGCUACAAUGCAAGGAUUGCAAGGCCCGCAACCAUGGAGGUUGUUGCUUUUACUGAAGGGACAAUGUAUAUUAUACCGCCGAUAUGGGAGUGUUUUGGAGCCUUUUAAGUAUGCUGGUUAUCCAAUGUUGCUAAAUGCAGUCACCGUGGACAAGGAUGAAAGCAAUUUCCUUACAUCAGAUAGAGCACCUCUUCUUGUCGCAGCAUCAGAGCUCAUAUGGCUGACAUGUGCAUCCUCUUCCUUAAAUGGAGAAGAGCUUGUGAGGGAUGGUGGAAUACCACUUCUUGCCACGCUUCUAUCACGAUGCAUGUGUGUGGUUCAGCCAACUACUCCUUCCAAUGAAUCUUCUGCUAUCAUUGUUACAAAUGUUAUCCGGACUUAUGCAGUCUUGAGUCAGUUUGAGAACGCCAGAGUUGAGUUGCUGAGGUUUGGUGGCCUAAUUGAGGAUAUUGUGCACUCCACAGAACUUGAACUUGUGCCUGCUGCUGUUGAUGCUGCCUUACAGACGGCAGCUCAUGUUUCGGUAUCAUCUGAAUUGCAGGAUGCUUUACUGAAAGCUGGCGUGUUAUGGUAUCUCUUACCUCUGCUGUUUCAGUAUGACUCAACUGCAGAUGAAGCUGAUGCAACAGAGGCACAUGGUGUUGGUGCAAGUGUUCAGAUUGCUAAGAACUUGCAUGCUGUUCGAGCAUCGCAGGCUUUAUCAAGACUUGGUGGUUAUUCUGCUGACGGGAUUUCAACUCCUUAUAAUCAGGCUGCAGUUGAAACUAUCAAAUCUUUGCUUACACCUAAGCUUGCCGAUAUGUUGAAAGACCAGGCGCCUAAGGAUCUCCUGUCUUGCUUAAAUUCAAACUUGGAGACCCCAGAGAUUAUUUGGAACUCAACAACCCGGGCGGAAUUGCUUAAGUUUGUGGAUAAGCAGCGAGCAAGCCAAGGUCCGGAUGGUUCCUAUGACUUGCAAGAGUCGUAUGCCUUCACAUAUGAAGCGCUGUCAAAAGAGCUACAUGUUGGAAAUGUUUACUUGAGGGUAUACAACGACCAACCUGAUUAUGAUAUCAGUAAUGCAGAAGCUUUUGGUGCCGCUCUUAUUGAUUAUAUCUCAGAACUUGUGCAUAAUCACUGUGUAGUAGAUGUUAAUCUUGAGAAUAAAAUGAGUCCUAGUAAUUCAUCCUUAGAGCCAUCUGAUCCUCAGAACGGCACGGUUGAUGAAACAGUUCAUACACAAGACAUUGACAUUUCGGCUGUUGGUGAAGGGGAAGUAACUAGCGAGGAGGACUUAGAAUUGAUUAAUAACCUUCAAAUCGGUUUAACUUCUCUUAAGAAUCUACUGACAAGCGCCCCAAGUCUGGCUGCUAUAUUCUCUAGUAAAGAGCAGCUAGUACCUCUCUUUGAAUGCUUUUCUGUGCCUGUUGCAUCAAAAAGCAGCAUUCCUCAACUUUGUCUAAGUAUACUCUCACUCUUGACCAUGUAUGCUCCUUGCCUGGAGACUAUGGUUGCAGACCGUACAAGUCUUCUCCUUCUACUACAGAUGCUACAUGGUGCUCCCAGUUGUCGAGAAGGGGCUCUCCAUGUCCUUUACGCGUUGGCAAGUACCCCUGAACUUGCAUGGGCUGCUGCUAAGCAUGGUGGUGUUGUAUAUAUUCUUCAACUACUUUUGCCUUCGCAAGAAGAAAUUCCUUUACAACAGAGAGCUGCAGCCGCAUCAUUGUUAGGAAAGCUUGUUGUCCAGCCGAUGCAUGGGCCUAGAGUGUCAAUAACUCUGGCAAGGUUUCUUCCAGAUGGUUUGGUAUCUGUUAUUAGGGAUGGGCCUGGUGAAGCGGUGAUAGCUUCUCUUGAACAAACAACAGAAACACCUGAACUUGUUUGGACAUCCGCAAUGGCAGCUUCUUUAUCUGCGCAAAUUGCAACAAUGGCUUCAGAUCUGUAUCGGGAGCAGAUGAAAGGCCGUGUUGUUGAUUGGGAUGUACCUGAACAACCAUCAGGGCAGCAAGAAAUGAGAGAUGAGCCGCAGGUUGGCGGGAUUUAUGUAAGGCUAUUCCUCAAAGACCCCAAGUUUCCAUUAAGAAAUCCAAAAAGAUUCCUGGAAGGGCUUCUAGAUCAAUAUGUUUCAUCUGUUGCUGCCACUCAUUAUGACAUGCAAGGUGUUGUUGACCCCGAGCUCCCUUUGCUUCUCUCUGCUACACUAGUUUCCUUGCUCCGAGUGCAUCCUGCACUUGCUGAUCAUGUUGGAUUUCUUGGAUAUGUUCCAAAACUUGUCGCUGCAAUGGCUUAUGAAGGCAGACGAGAGUCCAUGUCUUCUGGGGAUAUGAGAAAAGGAGAUCAUGUCAGCGUGGAGGACGUGUAUGAGGCCGAUGAUGAACAAAAUCAGUCCACUGUGCCAACUCCACAAGAACGUGUUCGUCUUAGUUGUCUGCGUGUUUUACAUCAACUUGCAGCAAGUACAACUUGUGCAGAAGCCAUGGCUGCAACAAGUGUGGGCACUCCUCAGGUUGUUCCCUUGCUAAUGAAAGCAAUUGGAUGGCAAGGUGGCAGUAUACUAGCCCUUGAGACUCUAAAACGUGUAGUCGUUGCUGGAAAUCGAGCUCGAGAUGCACUUGUUGCUCAAGGACUGAAGGUUGGUCUUGUUGAAGUGCUUCUUGGUCUUCUUGACUGGAGGGCUGGAGGAAGGAGUGGGCUUUGCUCUCAGAUGAAGUGGAAUGAGUCUGAGGCUUCUGUUGGACGGGUCCUUGCAAUUGAGGUCUUGCAUGCAUUUGCAACAGAAGGAGCCCAUUGUACUAAAGUUCGUGAGAUAUUGAACUUUUCUGAUGUUUGGAGUGCUUAUAAAGACCAAAAGCAUGACCUUUUUCUUCCUUCAAAUGCGCAAUCAGCUGCUGCUGGAGUGGCAGGUCUUAUUGAGAACUCAUCAUCAAGAAUCACAUACUCACUCCCAGCACCACCGCCGCAGUCUACUUCGGCAAGACUCCCCAGUAGCAGUAGUGCUACUACUACUAAUUUUGAGGCAGACUGGAAAUUAUAGGGCCAACUGCCACCACUGGAGAUAUAAAGAAGUCACUCCCAGGAGGUCCUGUAACUCACACAUAACGCCACUUUGUAUAGUUGUCAAGUAUACUGUACAGUUUCGUCGUGUCUUUUCCUCUCUUUCACAUUUUUUUUCUUCUGGUUCUUUUCCUCUUUUCUACAUUCUUUCUCUCCUCUUAUGUUGUGUUUACAUAAAUGGCUGCCCAUAUGAACAAUUUAAGAUAGUGAAAAUACAACAAAGCUUAUAGAGAUAUAAUAUCCUUUUGGUGUAAAGUUUCCAAGUCCAAAGAUUGUGUAUCCCCUCGUGUCACCCUAAUAUAAAUUUCCCUAGUAAGUGAGCCAGUUUUGGCAUUUCCUUUUCUUUGAAUGCUUGGUUUGGGCCGAGUUCAUUUCUACAAUUGUGCUAUUGAUCUUGUAGAAAGACUGAUUUUCAGAGCUCACAUUUAAUAUAUGUUUAGAAAGAUCUAGAAAAA